CACACUGUCACCCGCUCCUCCUUUUAUUCUCUUCAUUGAACUUUGAGCAGCGCAUUCAUUCAUAGUCAGCAGCGAUUAGUGGAGAGAUGACAGGAGCAACCACUCACGAGAGGGAUUCAUUACAAUGACGGUCAUCAACGGAGGAGACGUACGCGCACACUAGAUCAGUUUGAACAGAGCAGGACACAUCCAAGGGGUUCAGUCUUAAGAGGUAGCGAGAGCUGUUGCCAUUCACUAACAGCUCAAACCAGUGCCAAACGGGAACUGACUGCUUAUUGACAACAGAUCGUGAGGGCGACUAUUCUACUUCAAUACUGUCUACUGUCAAUACAGGAGCAACGAACGGAGAGAAACCUGUAUUGCAGGAGCCAGAGAAGAUCACUAAAAGUCCGUCUGAACAAGAGAUUUCAACUAAAGGGGAGCUACACUGAAAUUUGGAAGUGGGGUUACACUACCAGGUAUCCUCAUACUAGAAAGCUAGUUGUCUGGCUGGAAACCUCCUCGCCUCGGACGCGCUGGGGAAUAGAUUCCUGACAUGAGCGGCUAACACCACCGACAAACAACAACACACCGGCGGAUAAACCGCACUGAUCCCUGCGAGCUACCACCUGUUUCCAGCGCGGACCAAACGGUGGAGUGAAGUUUGAGAAUCCACAAACAGACCGCCCCAACCUUACCAUGCCUUUGUCCUUCAGUUCAUCUCGCCUUUUCCCCUUCUCCUUCAUUUCCUUGAUCCUCCCCGUCCUCCUCUUGUCUUUCUCCAUCCCUUCUCAAGCUGACACCCAAGAUGUAUCCCAAUCUAAAUCCAAUUGUUCUCAAAGUCACGUGUGUGCAGACGGGGUCCUUUUACCAAUGUGGAAUCCCCAGAAUCCCUCAGUUGGUGACAAAGUGGCCCGUGCCAUUGUCUACCUAGUGGCACUAGUCUACAUGUUCUUAGGUAUGUCAAUCAUUGCUGACCGCUUCAUGACUGCCAUCGAAGUUAUAACUUCUCAAGAAAAGGAGAUCACUACAAAGAGACCUAAUGGUGAAACAGUCACCACGACAGUUCGCAUAUGGAACGAGACUGUCUCCAAUCUGACCCUCAUGGCUCUGGGUUCCUCAGCCCCUGAGAUUAUGCUUUCAGUCAUUGAAGUCUGUGGGCAUAAUUUUGAGGCCGGUUCUCUUGGUCCCAGCACCAUUGUGGGAAGUGCCGCUUUCAACAUGUUUGUGAUCAUUGGCUUAUGUGUCUACGUGGUACCUGAAGGUGAAAGACGGAAGGUCAAACAUCUUCGGGUGUUUUUCGUGACUGCGGCUUGGAGCAUGUUUGCCUAUGUCUGGCUCUAUCUUAUCCUCUCCGUGUUCUCGCCUGGGGAGGUGGAAGUGUGGGAAGCAGUGCUGACAUUCCUCUUCUUCCCUCUCUGCGUGCUCCAGGCCUGGGUUGCUGAUCGACGAUUGCUCUUUUACAAGUAUGCCCACAAACGGUACCGAACUGAUAAGGGCCGUGGAAUUAUUGUGUCCGAGGGUGGCGAGGAAGUUGGAAAGGAGGGAGGAUUCACGAAGAUGGACAUGCUGGAAAUUGAUGGAAUCACAACACAUCUGGAUGGAAUGUUGGGAGUGGAAAGUGGGCUUGGUGGACGUGAUCAAGAUGAGGAGGCCAGGAGAGAAAUGGCCAAAACUCUGAAGGAACUGAAGCAAAGACAUCCUGACAAGGACAUGGAGCAGCUCAUAGAGAUGGCCAACUAUCAGGUUCUAAUACAGCAGCAGAAGAGCAGGGCCUUCUACCGGAUUCAGGCGACAAGGAUGAUGAUUGGUGCUGGGAACAUCUUAAAGAAACAUGCAGCGGAUCAGGCCCGUAAAGUGGUCAGCAGUGGGGAACCUCAGGAGCAGGAAGAUGACCCUCUUGUCACAAGAAUAGACUUUGAACCUGCCCUCCACCAGUGCUUUGAGAACUGUGGGUCCUUAAAACUUACUGUGCAAAGGCGUGGAGGAGAUGCUGGGUGCACUGUUAAGGUGGAUUACCGCACAGAAGAUGGCACAGCCAAUGCCGGUUCUGACUAUGAAUUUGCUGAGGGCACACUCAUCUUCAAACCUGGCGAGAACAUUAAAGAGAUCGCCGUCGGCAUUAUUGAUGAUGACAUCUUUGAGGAAGAUGAAUACUUCUAUGUGCGCCUGAACAAUCCUCGUAUAGUCGGGUGGGCUGAUGGACAUCCUAUUACUAUGGAGACUGGAGCACCUGCUCCUAGCGCAGCCCUUGGUGAGGCCCACACGGCGACCGUGACGAUCUACGAUGACGACCAUGCAGGAAUUUUCACAUUCGAAAGCGAGUCGGUGCGAGUUAGUGAAAGUAUCGGCAUCAUGCAGGUUAAGGUCCUGAGGACAUCAGGAGCACGUGGUCUGGUGGCUGUGCCGUACCAUACAGUGGAUGCGACAGCUCGCGGAGGGGAAGACUUUGAGGAAGUGUCUGGAAAACUGGAGUUCCAGAACGACGAGACAAUGAAAACAAUCGAGGUGAAGAUUAUAGAUGACGAAGAGUAUGAAAAGAACAAGACCUUCAUUAUUGAGUUAGGAGAGCCAGUCCUACUAGAGAUUGGACAGAAACAUGGUGAUUCUAAUGAGAAUAAACAAGAGAUUGGAGCAGAGGAAGAGGAAGUAGCUAAAAUGGGAUGUCCUAAUCUGGGAGAACAUACCAGAUUGGAGGUGGUGAUUGAAGAGUCGUAUGAAUUUAAGAACACGGUGGAUAAGCUCAUUAAGAAGACUAACCUGGCUCUGGUAGUCGGCAGCAGUAGCUGGAGAGAGCAGUUCGUGAGUGCUGUAACAGUGAGUGCAGGUGACGAUGAUGAGGAGGAAAGUGGUGAAGAGCGUCUUCCAUCCUGCUUUGAUUACAUCAUGCACUUCCUCACAGUCUUCUGGAAGGUUCUCUUCGCCUUCGUCCCACCCACAGAGUAUUGGAACGGAUGGGCAUGCUUCAUUGUGUCCAUCUCUUUGAUUGGUGUCCUGACGGCGGUCACGGGCGAUCUUGCUUCUCACUUUGGGUGCACUGUUGGCCUGAAGGAUUCAGUCACCGCCGUGGUCUUUGUUGCCCUGGGGACGUCUGUCCCAGACACUUUUGCCAGUAAGGUCGCCGCUAUCCAAGACCAGUAUGCAGACGCCUCCAUUGGUAAUGUGACGGGCAGCAAUGCUGUCAAUGUUUUCCUGGGCAUCGGUGUGGCGUGGACCAUAGCUGCUGUUUACUGGCGUUCCAAGGGCAAACCUUUCUAUGUUGAUCCAGGUUCUCUGGCCUUCUCUGUCACACUCUUCACUGCUUUGGCUGUGGUGUGUGUCUGCGUGCUGAUGUAUCGCCGGCGCCCCUCAGUGGCUGGAGGAGAGCUUGGCGGUCCUCGGACUUGCAAGAUAGUGACGUCCUUGCUCUUCAUCUCCCUCUGGUUGAUCUACAUCCUGUUGGCCUCACUGGAAGCGUACUGCCACAUUGCUGGAUUCUGAGGCAACGAAGCCUCGUAUUAUUUCCGUUUGGAGAGGAAUAUAAAUAAUGGCCAGUGAAGGAGCAUUUUUUUGUUGUUUUUUUGUAUUUAUUAGAUAUUUAUGUUGAAAACUUUUAAUAGGUCUGAUAAGUCAGUUUUUGUAAUCUUCCAUUUUCUUCCAUAAAGGGAUAGUUCACCCAAAAAUCAUUCACAGCUUUUAUGUUGUCCCAAAGAACAUAAAAAGUGUUUUGUUUUUUAAAGGGGGGGACUAUAUGAAGGUGAGUAAAUGAUCACAGAUUUUCCUCUUUUUUUUGUAUGAACUGUCCCUUUAAAUUAGUUAACGCAGUAUCUUACUCAUCCUUUUUCCCUUGCCUUACACUUGUAUCCGUCUCUCAGUGCUGUCUUAAACCAAUCCAAAAGAGUAACGAAUGACUCAUGUCUUUUUUGUACUCCUGUUUGAGCCAAUCAGAGCCUUCAGUUACUGAAUGAAGGGGUUUACUUUUUUUGAACUCUUUUUUUUUUAUUUUAAUGUUAAAUGUCAGUAUUACUCUUGUGUAACUGUAAUGAUUAUGUUUUAAAAGAUGUUUAAAUGAACAGAAUGACCAAACAUGAACUUUCUAUUGUUAAGAGAAGACUGAACAAACGUGCUGGACUUAAUAUUGCUUGUGUUAGAAGAAAAGCAUGUUUCAGGACUAAAUACGAAUCGGACAGAUGGUCUGAAAAGCAUGUCGAGUUCAUAACUAAUCAUAUGUCAUGAAUGAAUGGUGACAUUUUUGGGAAGUCAAACAGCGAAAUGGAAUAAAGCGGAAAAUGGACUGAAAUAAUGAAAGUGGACGGAUGAGCAAUCGGAAAAUAAUAACAGUGAUGGUGCUGCAUAUCAUUAAAAAUCAUUCUAAUUUAAAUAUCUAUGUAAUGUGUGUGUGUGUGUGUGUGUGUGAGUGAGUAAGAGUGAAACCACUCAACCAAGAAUAAACAGCUCAGCUGAUGUUCUCUUGAAAUAACAAACCAUGUAAUUGAUGUAAUUAGCUGUCUGUAUCUAUAUGUAUUUGCCUUGUCCCUUGAUGGUUACACUCCUUGACAUGAAAUGCUCAAUAGGAGAUACUAGCCUAUUAACAUGAUGUGACAUUUGUCAUGGUGACAAAUGCUCUUACUGACUGUGUACCAAACGGUAUCACCCCUAAGUUCACACGAUAGCUACUGUUCUGACAGCAUUUACUCACUCUCAUGUGAUUCCAAACCCAUAUAACCUGUGAAACACGAUCAAAGCAAAUUGUUUAGCAGAAUGUUGUUGCUGAUCCUUUUCAUACAACAAAAUCAGAAAGUGACCACCCAUACAAAAAGUACACUUCAUUAUACUUCAUUUUAAGUAAACCUACUGUAAGUUAAUUACAUUUUCCAGGUAUACUUCAUGCAGUAAGUAUACUAAAAUCAAUGGGCUUGUACACUACCUGUAGUAUGAUACUUGUAACUGUACAUUUUAGUUUAUAAAAGUAUAAGUUUAAGUGUACUGUAAGUGUAACAAUAGUAAACACUGAGUGCUAGUUUACAUAGAAGUUUUUGUAUUACAAAUAUAAUGUGAAAUACUCAAGUGAACCUAUAGGUAUGCUGUUAAUUUACUACUUGUAUACGUCUAGCCCACUUUUUACUUUACAAAAGUAUACUUUGAAGUUUACUCUCAGUAAUCUAUUAUUUUUUAAAGAAUUUUUAUACCGAAAUUAUACUUGUAAGUUUUCUUUAAGUGAGCUUAACACCAUAAGUAUAAGUUCUUAAGCAUUAUUUUGUAUUAAGUAUAUCUCUGAUACAUAGACGGUGGACGGAAAGUACUCUCGUUUUUGUUUAAAAAAAUAAAAAUAAAGGAUACAAUCACGCUGUAAUAAACAUUUUACGUAACGGACUAAAACACUCCAUAAAAACACUGCGAAAUAGUCUAUACAAGUCAUAAGAGUAAAUUUAAAUACAAGCCAAUCAUGUGUCUUCAGGAUUCAUGAAAUUCAGUACACAAGUCACAUUGACUACUUUUGACUAAUUUAUUUGUUUUUUUUGUUUGUUUGUUUUUUUUUGUGCCAUUUUUGGAAUAUAUGGGUUUAGAAUAACAUGAGGGUGCUCACAAGAUCCAAAACAAACUUUGUACUUUUUUUUAUCAGUGUUUUAUGUUUGUUGCAGUGAAUUUUCAGUUGUCACUGUUUCAGUGUUCACCGUCUGUCUAUCUGUUUCUGACUGCUGUGUAAUUAUUCUGUGAGACAUUCAGGAAGACAGUGGGAGGGUGGCAGGCAUCGGCUCAGGCAACGUUUGAUGGAGAGCACAGAAAAAGAGUGAAUGAGACAGAUUUAGCAGUAGCGUAGAUAUUUAACCCUCAGAAGUAGCUGCUCUCAGACUAGUACAGUGUUCAGAGUUAGAGAAUGUGCACCCAGAGUAUUUUUAGUAUUAUCUUGUUGCUAGGCGACACGCCCAGAGAGUCAUUGUCUUGUCUGGGCCCAGUGACGGGUGCUUGUGUGUGUGUGUGUGUGUGUGUGUGUGUGUGAGGGGGUGUUGCUGUAUGUGUGUAACACCUCCUCACCCAAAUCUAUUUAAGGCUUAAAUCACUGCAUAACCCAUCUUUACCAACUUUACUUCUUAUACUAAACUAAGUUUAGUGGAGGUUUGAACUGAAAAGAUUUUGGUAAAGCGGUUACGCAAAGGUAAUUAUAUUGAUAUCAGUUAUGAUCAUGUAACUGAUAUGAUUGAUGAUGAUGAUCAUCUAUCAUCAGCGCAGUGAAUACCACAUCUAGACUGACAUACAGCAGAAGAGUGUGCACAUAAUCGCUUUAUAAGGGUCACCGAUUUCUCUCUCUCUGCCAGGCCGCUCUUGAAGUACAAUAAAUUGAAGUGCAAUCCCAAAUGUCAUGCUGAAAAACAGCUAUCGUAAUUGGAUUAAGCGGCCUGGCCAGAGAAAAAGGGAGAGAAGGCUGGGGAAUGUAAACACUUCCCCAUCUACACAAUUUCACACAUUCCUGAUGAAAUUGCAGGUAAAGGUUGUUGUGUGUUUAUAGCAAUUUAAUACUGCAAGAGAGACUGUGUAUUUGUGUUGUAUCUGCUGGCCUCUUAAUCCGUUUUGUGAUUCAGUGCAUGUCUAAGUAUCUAACAUGUGUGGAACAGGCUAUUGAUACAGUAUAUACAGUAUUUGACCAUUUAAAUCACUUAACACUAAAAACAUAGGAAUGUCAUUACAUUAAAUAAAAUAUCAAACCCAAUGACGUGCAAAGAAAGAUGUUAGAGCUUUUCUAAAUCAUUCUUGCAAUGUCAGUUCAUCACAUUAACCAUGAACAGUAUAUCUUUUAUGAAGUAAAGCCAUGUCAUAUUUUUUGUUUUCUUUGAAAAGUAUACUUGUGGUAUCUUCAAAGUGUGCAUGAAAUGAAUUUACCGUAUUUUCUAAAAGCUUGAUCUUACUGUGAAUAAUUCAUCCAUGCAUACACUCUAAAAAAUGCUGGGUAAAAUAUGGACAACCCCAGCGGUUGGGUUAAACAUUGAAAACAACCCAGCAUGUGUUCUGUCCAAUAUUUACCCAGCACUGGGUUGUAUUUAACCCAGCAUUUUUUAGAGUGUAUGUUUUGUUUUUAAAAUGUUGACCUCAUAGCUCGCUUUUUGACACCCUUUCAUCCAAUCAAGAACCAAGUCCCCACCCUACAUUUUUGCUUUUUCAAGAAUCUGUUUGACUUAGAUAUUUGUUAUCUAAUGUAAUGACAUGCAUACAUUUUACAAGUGUCCCGAGUAUCCUAUCCUGCUAGCAUUGGUUAGCGACAGGAACUAUACUGCCCCUGUGUUGCAGAAGAAAAAACAAGCCAUGAUAGAACUAACAAUUCUUGAGAGUAUAUGUGUGAUUGGACUUGUGUUCAUAGUGCUAGUACAGCUUUGACUUUCUUGUGUACAGAAGUUACACCGACAGAAGAGGUUAAUAUGAUAAGCUAACAGUUCAUAUGAAGUGCCCCGAGGAAGCAGUCACCAUGUCAUCCUGUAUCAGUGUGCGCGUUGCCCUUGCUGGACUUUGUUCUGUGUGGUCUGGUCCUUGCGUGAAGCAUCUCUCCAAUCUUUCUGUUCAUUAGUCUUUUGAUUAUUCCUUCAUUAAUGGUUUUAUUGAUUUCAUUGUUAAUUUCUCAGUCUGUUUCUCAUAAUGAGUGAAUCACCAAGUGCUUUUCUUUUCCUCCAUGUCUGAUGUUUGUUGCAUGAAACAUUCUCUUACCCUUGUUAAAUGUUUUAGAAUGUAUUGUCCUGAAAUAUUUUUAAAAUGUCUUUUAUUAAAAAAUCUGAAUUAAACACUACAUGUUAAAUGACUUAUGUCUUUUGAAGGAAUGGAUGACUUUUAUGUGUGCCUAAAACUUCAGAU